CUCCUUUCAAGACACAUCAACAUUCAACACGUUGUUUUAUGAGAUGUUCUUAUCCUAGCUAUGUGACUAUUCUUGAUGGUGGUUUUACAAUAAUACACGUGUACACUCAACCGUCAAAAUACGUGUCUAAAGCGUCGAAAAUCUCUCGUUCUGCGGUUCUAUCGUUGAAAUGUUAUUAGAUUUCGCCGGCGGUAUCAGAAGUAGACCUUCACAAUGUUCUCAGACAUUCCUCCAACAUUCAUCUUCUCUCUUUCUUCCGCAGAAUGUCAACUCCAUCUCCAUCUUCUUCCGAAGAUGUUCGUCGCACUCGAAUUCUCUCGAGUAAGCUCUACUUCGAUGUUCCUCCUUCCAAGGUUCCGUUGAUUUAUUCUUCUGCUUAUAAUAUUGCUUUCCUUGGGAUGGAAAAAUUGCAUCCAUUUGAUUCUUCAAAAUGGGGUCGCAUAUGCCAGUUCCUUGUCUCAGCAGGUAUAUUGGACAAAAGAUGUAUAGUUGAACCUGAAGAAGCGUCAAGAGAGGAUCUUUUAGUGGUACAUUCAGAGAAGUACCUCGAUAGUCUUAAAAGCAGCAUGACUGUUGCCAAAAUUGUGGAGGUUCCACCAGUUGCAAUGUUGCCCAAUUGUAUCAUACAGAGAAAAGUUCUUGAUCCAUUUCGAAAACAGGUAGGGGGAUCUGUUCUGGCUUCAAAGCUUGCAAAAGAGCGAGGGUGGGCCAUCAAUGUUGGUGGAGGUUUUCAUCAUUGUUCUGCAGAGAAGGGUAGUGGAUUUUGUGCAUUUGCAGAUAUAUCUCUCAGCAUUCACUUUGCUUUUGUACGGUUAAACAUUUCAAGGGUUAUGAUUAUUGAUCUUGAUGCACAUCAAGGAAAUGGUCAUGAAUUAGAUUUUGCUAAAGAUCGCAGAGUAUACAUACUUGAUAUGUUCAAUUCUGAAGUAUAUCCUUUAGAUUUCAAUGCCAGGAGGCACAUCCAUCAGAAAGUUGAACUUCUUAGUGGAACCACAACGGAUGUGUACUUAAAGAAAUUGGACGAAGCACUGGAGGUUGCAGGAAGAAUGUUCAAUCCUGAAUUAAUCGUAUACAAUGCAGGAACUGACGUCCUGGAUGGAGAUCCAUUGGGCUGUCUGAGGAUCAGCCCUGAUGGUAUCAUCAAGAGAGAUGAGAAGGUGUUUACAUUUGCACGUAGUAAGGGAGUUCCUAUACUGAUGCUGACAUCAGGUGGCUAUAUGAAAUCAAGUGCUAGAGUGAUUGCGGAUUCAAUUAUUAACUUAUCGACAAAGUGCUUGAUAGAAAUGCAAGGCGAACAAAAUACUUCAUGAAGCAAAGGUCGAAAAUCCAGCUCGGGUGGAAUAUAAUAUCUUUUGUGCAAAGAAAAUAGUGUUUAUAGCGGAAGAAACCCCCUUGUGUACACAUAGUUGUAAGCAUUUUGCUCUGUAAUGUACAAUUAUAAAGCUUUCAGAAAAUUAAAAACUUAAAACUAAAAACGCUUCGAUGCAUUAUUGCUUCCAUGCAUCGAGUCACUUCAGCUUAUGCAGUUAUGCAUAUGGUAUGGGAUAUAUCUUUAAAAUGA